UGGCCCCGCCGGGCACUCGGGCGGUGGGGCCGGAACCCCAGCGGCCCCCAACGGGAGUUUGUGGUGGGGGCAGCGAUGUCUGGGAUGGGAAAUCGCGACUGUUUUGGGGGAGCCUCAGGCAGUGAGGUUGUCGAAGCGAGAUCCUGGAGGAGAUGGGGCAUCAAGGACUCCUCGGUCCGUGCUCAACGCUCCCACACUCGCUCCCUGCCGCCCGCUUCCCUUCCUCCACUCGCAGGAGUUUGCAGCCUUGCCGGAGAAGGAGAGAAGCAGCAUGUCAUGGUUUAGUGGCCUUCUGGUCCCCAAAGUGGAUGAACGAAAAACAGCCUGGGGUGAACGCAAUGGACAGAAGUGCCCGCGCCGAGGGACUCGGGCCAGUGGCUUCUGCACACCUCGCUAUAUGAGCUGCCUCCAGGAUGCAGAGCCACCCAGCCCCACCCCUGCAGCUCCUGCUCGGUGCCCCUGGCAGGAUGAAGCCUUCAUCCGGAGGGCUGGGCCAGGCAAGGGCAGGGAGCUGGGGCUGCGGGCAGUGGCCCUGGGCUUUGAGGACACUGAGGUGACUGCAGCGGCAGUGGGGACGGCUGAGGUGGCACCCAAUGUAGCACGCAGGAGUGGACGAUCAUGCUGGCGCCGUCUGGUGCGGGUGUUCCAGUCGAAACAGUUCCGCUCAGCCAAGCUGGAGCGCCUGUACCAGCGGUACUUCUUCCAGAUGAACCAGAGCAGCCUCACGCUGCUGAUGGCGGUGCUCGUGCUGCUCACGCUUGUGCUGCUGGCCUUCCACGCGGCACCCGCCAGUCCUCAGCCCGCCUAUGUGGCCCUGCUGGCCUGUGCCGCCACCCUUUUUGUGGCACUCAUGGUGGUGUGUAACCGACAUAGCUUUCGCCAGGACUCUAUGUGGGUAGUGAGCUAUGUGGUGCUGGGCAUCCUGGCAGCUGUACAGGUUGGGGGUGCCCUGGCAGCCAACCCGCACAGCCCCUCAGCAGGCCUCUGGUGCCCUGUGUUCUUCGUCUACAUCACCUACACGCUCCUACCCAUCCGCAUGCGGGCCGCUGUGCUCAGUGGCCUUGGCCUCUCCACCCUGCAUUUGAUCUUGGCCUGGCAACUCAACCGUGGUGAUCCCUUCCUCUGGAAGCAGCUUGGUGCUAACGUGGUACUGUUCCUCUGCACCAACGUCAUUGGCAUCUGCACUCACUAUCCGGCUGAAGUGUCUCAGCGCCAGGCCUUUCAAGAGACCCGCGGUUAUAUCCAGGCUCGGCUACACCUGCAGCAUGAAAAUCGGCAGCAGGAGCGGCUGCUGCUGUCCGUGUUGCCCCAGCAUGUUGCCAUGGAGAUGAAAGAAGACAUCAACACAAAAAAAGAAGACAUGAUGUUCCACAAGAUCUACAUCCAGAAGCAUGACAAUGUCAGCAUCCUAUUUGCGGACAUUGAGGGCUUCACCAGUCUGGCCUCCCAAUGCACUGCACAGGAGCUGGUCAUGACCUUGAAUGAACUCUUUGCCCGGUUUGACAAGCUGGCUGCGGAAAAUCAUUGCCUGAGGAUCAAGAUCUUAGGGGACUGUUACUACUGUGUGUCAGGGCUGCCGGAGGCCCGGGCAGACCAUGCCCACUGCUGUGUGGAGAUGGGGGUGGAUAUGAUCGAGGCCAUAUCGCUGGUGCGUGAAGUGACGGGUGUGAAUGUAAACAUGCGUGUGGGCAUCCACAGCGGGCGUGUGCACUGUGGUGUGCUCGGCCUGCGGAAAUGGCAGUUUGAUGUGUGGUCCAAUGAUGUGACCCUGGCCAACCACAUGGAGGCGGGAGGCCGGGCCGGCCGCAUCCAUAUUACUCGGGCCACGCUGCAGUACCUGAAUGGGGACUAUGAGGUAGAGCCAGGCCGUGGCGGUGAGCGCAACGCAUAUCUCAAGGAGCAACGCAUUGAGACCUUCCUCAUCCUGGGCGCCAGCCAGAAACGGAAAGAGGAGAAGGCCAUGCUGGCCAAGCUGCAGCGGACACGAGCCAAUUCCAUGGAAGGGCUGAUGCCACGCUGGGUACCUGACCGUGCCUUUUCCCGGACCAAGGACUCCAAGGCUUUCCGCCAGAUGGGCAUUGAUGAUUCCAGCAAAGACAACCGGGGUGCUCAGGAUGCUCUCAAUCCUGAGGAUGAGGUGGAUGAGUUCCUGGGCCGUGCCAUUGAUGCCCGCAGCAUCGAUCAGCUGCGAAAGGACCAUGUGCGCCGGUUCCUGCUCACCUUCCAGAGAGAGGAUCUUGAGAAGAAGUACUCCCGGAAGGUGGAUCCCCGCUUUGGAGCCUACGUUGCCUGUUCUCUGUUGGUCUUCUGCUUCAUCUGCUUCAUCCAGCUCCUCAUCUUCCCACACUCCACCCUGAUGCUUGGGAUCUACGCCAGUAUCUUCCUGCUACUGUUGGUCACUGUGCUGAUCUGUGCUGUGUACUCCUGUGGUUCUCUGUUCCCCAAGGCCCUGCAGCAUCUGUCCCGAAGCAUCGUUCGCUCACGGGCACAUAGCACCGCAGUUGGCAUUUUUUCAGUCCUGCUUGUGUUCAUCUCUGCCAUCGCCAACAUGUUCACCUGUAACCACACACCUAUACGGACCUGUGCAGCCCGGAUGCUGAAUUUAACACCUGCUGACAUCACUGCCUGCCACCUUCAACAGCUCAAUUACUCUCUGGGCCUGGAUGCUCCCCUGUGUGAGGGCACCGCACCCACCUGCAGCUUCCCUGAGUACUUCGUUGGGAACAUGUUGCUGAGUCUCUUGGCCAGCUCUGUCUUCCUGCACAUCAGCAGUAUUGGCAAGUUGGCCAUGAUCUUCAUCUUGGGGCUUAUCUAUUUGGUGCUGCUUCUGCUGGGUCCCCCAGCCACCAUAUUUGACAACUAUGACCUCCUGCUUGGCAUCCAUGGCUUGGCUUCUUCCAACGAGACCUUCAGUGGGCUGGACUGCCCAGCUGUAGGGAGGGUGGCACUGAAAUACAUGACGCCUGUAAUUCUGCUGGUGUUUGCGCUGGCGCUGUAUCUGCAUGCCCAGCAGGUGGAGUCGACUGCCCGCCUGGACUUCCUCUGGAAACUGCAGGCAACGGGAGAGAAGGAGGAGAUGGAAGAGCUCCAGGCCUACAACCGGCGGCUGCUGCAUAACAUCCUGCCCAAGGACGUGGCUGCCCACUUCCUGGCCAGGGAGCGCCGGAAUGAUGAGCUCUACUAUCAGUCCUGCGAGUGUGUGGCUGUCAUGUUUGCUUCUAUUGCCAACUUCUCUGAGUUCUAUGUGGAGCUGGAGGCCAAUAAUGAGGGUGUUGAGUGCCUGCGGCUGCUCAAUGAGAUCAUCGCUGACUUUGAUGAGAUUAUCAGUGAGGAGCAGUUCCGGCAGCUGGAGAAGAUAAAGACAAUUGGUAGCACCUACAUGGCUGCCUCUGGGUUGAAUGCCAGCACCUACGAUCAGGUGGGCCGCUCCCACAUCACUGCCCUCGCAGACUACGCCAUGCGGCUCAUGGAGCAGAUGAAGCACAUCAAUGAGCACUCCUUCAACAAUUUCCAGAUGAAGAUCGGGCUGAACAUGGGUCCAGUUGUGGCAGGUGUUAUUGGAGCUCGGAAGCCACAGUAUGACAUCUGGGGGAACACAGUGAAUGUCUCUAGUCGUAUGGACAGCACAGGGGUGCCUGACCGAAUACAGAUGCAGCAGGAAGGACUCCAGGCUAAGCAGGCUCCCCUCCCACUUCCCCAGGUGACCACGGACCUGUACCAGGUUCUAGCUGCCAAGGGCUACCAACUGGAGUGUCGAGGGGUGGUCAAGGUGAAGGGCAAGGGGGAGAUGACCACCUACUUCCUCAAUGGGGGCCCCAGGAGUUAGCAGGACCAGCCACAGAUUCGACUGAAAGGACCAAGGUGGGCAUUGAGUGGACUCUGCGCUUGCUGGGUGGAGCUGUGCCAGGAGGCACUGAGCCUCCAGACCUUGCUGAUCACAAAAGAGAACACCCCAGAAGGCUGUUCUUGGAUCAUGCUCCUCUGCCCUCAGACUGGUGAACAGGGAUACCAAGAAGAUUAUGCAACUGACUUUCUUUUUUAAUUGGGGUAGGACUGUUUCUUCUACUUUCUUCCAGCUUUUGGGAGCAGCAGAGGGAGCAGUAUAGACAGGGGAACCCUCCUGCCUGAGAGAUUAAAAUGCCAACUUGCCACGCCUACCCUUCCCCUGUCUGGACAACAGGUUCAGGGCUGGGUCUUUUCUUUCCCUUUUUCCUGGGAAUAUUUUUGUACAAAGACUGGGGCAGGCAUGAGGAGUGCCUAUUCCAUACUUGCCUUUGCUAUGCCUAUGUCCCCAGCACCGGUCCUGUGCACCAGCAGUCCUAGCUAGGUCUCCCUCCUAGGGACAGGGCAGGACAGAGAUGUUCUGGGGCCCCAGCUCUAUCGACAUUUCAGGGGAAUGUUUCCAUUUGCCAAAUCCUAGUCUGUGAUUUGUUCCCCAAAGGGGAACUAAGGGACCUGAGAAGUUCAGAUUUAGCUCUAGUCCCUACACGCUCCAGGGAAAGGGGUGUCUGGCCUCACUGGUACUGUGAAAAUGGCCGGCCAGCCAGCCUGUGUGUGGGUGUGGAGAUGUCAGAUGAUCAGAAGCUGGACAUUCACCUACAGGUGCCAAAGAAUGCAGGCAGCUAGGUAGGGGGAUGGUAUCAGCCUUAUCUGAGCUCAGCGUGGCUAUGAUCAGGUCUCUUAAUCCCAGCACUUGCUUGCUGGCAAGGGGGCAUGAGCAUCUCUGUUCCUUCUGUUGCCAAAAAGAAAAGGGUCAGGGCACAGAGGAGGAAGACCCUGAUCUCAAACCUGACCUCCCAAGUCUCUGGUACUGGGGAGGGCCUGUGUAUUAGUGUUACUGUGUGUGCAUGUUGCUCUUUGUGUGCAUAUCUAUUUUCCAGGUCUGUGUAUUUCCUUGUGCUCCUGCUCCUCAGCUCUCCACCAGGGGUUGCCUCUCCUGUGGGCCUCUCUUCUGGGAAUAAGGCAGGGUUUUCUAUUUCAAGGGAUAUAGAGAGAUGCCCAGCUUGCACAGGAGUGGGAGGGGGUGUGGCAGCAAAAGGGGGGUGGCCUGGGGAGAGGAGUCCUUUUUGUGCCAAAUCCCUAA